AUAAGAGACGCUGCCAUUUGACCAGUUCUUCCAACCCUUGCUUUGCCAUAUGCAAGGCAACAGAAUCCAGCUCCUAUACUUCACCAAACAAGUGGCGCGGAUUCUCAUUCACCAACUCACCCCCUGCUCACCCUCAAUUGGAAUACUGUAUAGGUGCCUUUCAGCAUCUUGACAGACCCCACCGCGCAUCACCUUUAUCGCCUUCAUCAUCUCCAUCACCCAUCGUCCAUCACCAUGUCGUCAACCGCCGUUCCUUACACCGUUACGUAUCGCUCCCCUGGGACAGAGCCUCCCGUGUUCCUGGCCGGAAAUUUUACGAGUCUGGAGUGGGGUCUCCAGGAGAUGGGCUCUCGCCAAGAAGGAGGUGAAUACGUUUUCGAGUCGCGCGUUUUCGUUGAGCCUGGGAGGGAGUAUCACUUCAAGUUCAAGGCUGGCAGAGAUGGCCCCUGGAUAUUGGACGAGAAUAGGGCAACCGCUACCGACGAGAUGGGCAACCGCAACAACGUGUUGAAACUGCCCAAGAGCUACGUAUCCAAGAUCAAAGACGAAGGAAGAAGGACUUCAACCCCUAUUGAGCAAGUUGCUUCGGUUGCAGCCGAGGUUGCGGAUACAGCUGCAAAGCUUGACGAGGACGACUCGUCGUCGCCUCAAAUCAGUGGGUCUGGCGGUGAGAGCGAGAUCGAUGAAGACCUCAAAACUCCAUUAUUUGCACACGAGUGUUUCGGCGCCUACGAAUUUGUUGACGAUGCUUUGGAUCAUGAUGCCCUUGAUGAUAGUAAAAUACGGCGGGAUUCGCGGCAGGGGCUUGCCGAGUACGACAUAGACGACGCGGAUAUCAACGACCCGACCCUUGAGCAGUUUCCAUCGGACAAAUCUUCCAUCUUCAAUACGCUGCGCAAAAUCCAAUCCAGUCUAAGCGAGGACCAAGCCAUCAUUGAUGAUCCUCAGCCAUCACCUCGACUAGACGGGAGAAGAUCAAGCAUAGACUCGGAUGAUAGUGUCUUGUCAGCAGGGUCCCUCAGUCCAGUCACCGCUAGAAGGCGAGAGAACCGCAUGUCUAGCAGCGGUCGAAAUAGGUCUCUGGUAUCACUUGGAUCCAUUGCUGAAGAGCCCAAAACUCCGGGACUCGAGGAUGGCUCCCAUCCAAUGGCCGCGUCCAGCUACCUCAAGAACGGCACCGGCCGUCCCAAGAGUCCCGCAAUCGAGCAAGGCGAGCACCUUAUGAUGAAAUAAUCCAUGGUAUACUCCGAGUGAAUGUGAUGUGAAUCAGGGACCGAGUCUAUAGAGUGGGAUUGCAGUGACAUGACUGACAGUACAUGACGUCAGUCCUUAUUUAUACGCCGUAUUAGGUCUACCGCAGUUAGCGGAGGAUAUUUCUUUCUUUCUUUCUUUGGACUUUGCAAGCAGCCACUUGUCGGUGGUAUUAGCAUCUAGUUUUCCUUCUGCUUCAUACGAAUUAAGCAUCACGAACAUAUUGUCUCUAUAAGAAUAUGAAUCGAACCAUCCCGUUUCCUCCUAGCUUAGCAGCGUUGAAUGCCAGAAUCUAGAACCUCAUUUCGU